ACCUGUUGUCAGAGAAAAAAAAAUUGCCUCGUCGUCCUCGUGUGGGAUCUCCAAUUCUCCACUGAUCUCCACACUUGGAUAUUUUUUUUUCUCUUUCUUUUUUGGAGCAACUGGGCCUAAAGUUGGAGAGAUCUUCAUCAUGAAGCAAAUUGUUUGUGAACAGACUGUCAAAGUCCCAGAGGGAUUGACUGUUACAGUCAAAUCUCGUUUGGUUACUGUUAAAGGACCUCGAGGUGUCCUCAAGAGAUCCUUCAAGCACUUGGCUCUUGACAUUAAAAUGGUUGGUCCAAGAACCUUGAAAGUCCAAAAAUGGUUUGGAACCAAAAAAGAGUUGGCUGCUGUAAGAACAGUUUGUUCUCACAUUGAAAAUAUGUUAAAGGGAGUCACCAAGGGAUUCCUUUACAAGAUGAGAGCUGUAUAUGCCCAUUUCCCAAUUAAUUGUGUUGCCACUGAAAACAACACAGUUAUUGAAAUUAGAAAUUUCCUUGGAGAGAAGUACAUUCGUCGUGUUAAAAUGUCACCAGGUGUUACUGUAUCAAACUCAACUCAACAAAAGGAAGAGUUAAUUAUUCAAGGUAAUUCACUUGAAGAUGUCUCAAGAUCAGCAGCCCUCAUUCAACAGUCAACAACUGUUAAAAAUAAGGAUAUCAGAAAGUUUUUGGAUGGAUUAUAUGUAUCACAAAAAACAACUGUUGUCCAAGAUGAUGAUUAAUAAACAAAUUUUCAAUAAUA